CUGCCAGCGGCCCUUAAAGUCGCGCGGCGGCGGCGCGCGAUGACUCGCCUCGAGGUGCCCGUGGCGGCGGCGCUGGUCGCGGCCCGCCGGAACCGGACCGGACCGGACCGACGGGGGUGGGGGGGAGGGAGGCUGGCUGUGGGCGAAGCCCUCCCUCAUGUCGGCGGCGGGCGGCCCGGCCGGCGGCCGCCGGUAGCGGAGCGGCGCUAUGGAUGCCGGCGGCCCGCCCGACCUCCGCGACGUCGAGCUGAAACUGGGCCGCAAAGUGCCCGAGAGCCUGGCGCGGCCGCUGCGCGGCGAGGAGCCCCCCGCCCGCCCCGCCGCCGCCCCCGCCGGGCCCCGCCGCCGCCGCGCCGCCGCCCUCGCGCGGCUGGAGACCAAGGUGCAGCUGCUGCGGCAGGAGAUGGUUAAUCUCCGAGCCACUGAUGUCAAGCUUAUGCGCCAGCUACUCAUCAUCAAUGAAAGUAUUGAGUCGAUCAAAUGGAUGAUUGAAGAGAAGGCUAUUGCCAGCAGAGGUAGCAGUCUGAGUGGCAGCCUGUGCAGCUUGCUGGAAAGUCAGGACACAUCCCUCCAGGGCAGCUGCAACAGUUUACAAGACGGUAGUGAUGGACUAGAUGGAAUAUCAGUGGGGAGCUAUUUGGACACUUUAGUGGAUGAUGUACCUGGUCACCAAACCCCCUCAGAUAUGGACCAAUUCAGUGAUUCUUCUAUUUUAGAGGACUCGCAGCCCCUGCAUAAGCAUCCUAAAAUUGAUUCUGAUGAGUACUACUGUUUUGGGUAAUAAAAACAAGUUCCAGGGGGCACAUGUGCACUUGUAUUUAUCUUUUUUCUUUGCUGCUAUUUUAUUUCAUGUGCAAAAAGACCAAACUUCUCUUGGAACGAAAACAUACUUUGAUUCCACUUUUCUGUUGCUCUUAACACAUUUUCUCUUAGGUGAGUUAGCAUCUCUUUUCCUCUUCCACUUUUCUUUUUCUUAAUUUAUUGUUGCAAUUUUUCUUGUUUUAAUUUUUUUAUAAUGCUAUAUUUACGAGUUUUUAAAAGUGGUGAAGGAAAAGCUUUAGCUUUAAAAUGAGACAUCAGGAGAUGAGAGCAUUGAUUUUUGUACUGGUUGGCAAUAAAAUGUCUUCUGAUAACCAUAUGUUGUAGUAAACUUUCUUGACUACCACAUUUUGCCUUUCCAAAGACACUGUUCUUAUUCAGCCUUAGGUCUUAAUAUUGACCUACAAAAUAAUACUGCCUUUUGUAAACAAUGAUAUUUGAUCCAGUUAAGCUGUUUUCAUUUGGAGUAAAAACUUUUCCAAACUUUUCUGUGUGGAGUUCCUUUCUUCAUGGAUGUUCUUAUCAUAUUUGUCCAUUUAUGACCUUAAACUUAAAUUCUUGGCUUCACCAAUGGUCUGGAGAGGUGAGUUUCAAGUACUGGAAACUCUACAUGAGAGUAUGUUUCAUUUCUAUGUUGACUGCCUUUCAUCUUCAUUGAACUUACUGCUUUUAUAGGCACAGUGUAUAUCUGGAAAAAAAUGAGGGAGGCAUCCCAUAUUCAGAAUAUCCAAUUUUAAUACUUUGGAUUCUGGGCCAAAAAUCCUUGGCAGAGUUAUUUUUAAAAAUAUAAUUUAAGCUCUUGACACUUUUUUUUAUCCUGAAACUUUGAGGGACUUAACUGGGCAUGAUGAAACAUUUUGCAGUAAGUGUCUUGCUAGAGACCAUGUCCUGUUUUAUUUGUUACACAAACAUAAACUCUGUUCCUUCACAA